GUGGAACUGCUCAAACCAGGCCAGAUCUGGCCUUCCCAGACCUCCCUCACCAGUAGUACUUCAUGAUGUCACUCUGGGGUUUGAUCUCUCUGCCGCUUGGUCUCCUGCUAUGGCUAAAUCCUGGCACAGAUUCUUUGCCCCUGCACAUGGAUUCCAUCAUUCAGGUCCUCACCCAACUGGAGCAGGGGGCCCCCACGCACAACCACACAGCUCCAGGACUGCUACUGGCUGCCAGUAGCCCUAGGGAUGCCUUCCUCCAGCUCCUCCUGGAGAUGGAGAGCCCCCUGCCCGACGAGCCUGACUCCCUCAGCCCCGUACAGCGAAAGCUGGCCUCCCUCGUGGCCCAGCACAGCGUGGAUUCAGGGAUGGAGCACGGGGUGGUACUGGCACCCGAUGGCUCUACCGUGGCCGUGGCACCGCUGCUGGCCGGGCUGGAGGCUGGGCUGCGGGGCAGGAAAGCCGUGGCCCUGCCAAUGGACCUCAGAGCUGCCCCCUUGGAUGCCAGAGCCAACCACCAGGGAGCCGGAGCCAACCUCUCCAUCACAAGUCUCAAGGCCUCCCCAGACGUCAGAGAUGUUUCCCCAGAGCCUACCUCCCUUCCCCCAGAUGGCAGUACGGCCUCUCCAGGGACCGGGGCCCAUUUCCCGCACAGUGUGGACAGCCUGCUGGCCGUGACCCUAGCCCGAGCCCUGGGUCUGGCCUUCCUCCCAGUGCCAGGGAACCCAGACCCAGCUGGCUUGGGCUCCGAUGGCUGCUGGGACCACAUAUCUAAACCCAAGUCCUUCUCCCUGAUGGGAAAUGGGUCCUCGGCCCUGACUGUUGCCUUCCUCAAUGGGGCUCUGGAUGGGGCCCUGCUGGGGGACUACUUGAGCCGGGCCCCGGAGCCCCGGCCACCCCCAAGCCUUCUACUGGCCCAGUACUAUGGGACAGGACCAGGGGAUACUCCCGUCCAAGGGGUGGCUGGGACCCCUAACCUCCGAAGUAACUUCCGGCGGCAGAACGCGGCAGAUCUGAUCUCCCAGAAUGAGCUGACCCGCCAGGUGUGGGCUUCCCUGAUCAUGUUGGGGACCACGCAGCCUGCACACUCCCAGCUCGCCCCACUGGCCCACACGGAGCUGGCCCGUGUCGCUGCCCGGGCCGCAGAGGAGUUCACAGAGUCCUUCCUGAAGUGCCCGGCCAUCUUGCCCCGCUGCCGCUGGCAGGCAGCUCCUUACCAGGGGAGCCCGCUGCCCCUGCGCCUGCCCCUGGGCUUCAUUUACGUCCACCACACCUACAUACCCCAGCAGCCCUGCACCACCUUCCACCAGUGCACACUCAACAUGCGCGGCAUGCAGACCUUUCACCAGGAUUACCGUGGCUGGAAUGACAUCGGCUACAGUUUCGUGGUGGGCUCAGACGGCUAUGUGUAUGAAGGUCGAGGCUGGCACUGGGUUGGGGCUCACACACGAGGUGUGAACUCCAAGGGUUUUGGUGUGUCCUUCAUCGGCAACUAUACAGAGAUGCUACCUGAUGCCCGGGCCCUGCACACGGUGCGUGAUGCCCUCCCCCACUGUGCCAUGCGGGCCGGCUACCUAAGCCCCGACUAUAUCAUGUACGGGCACCGGCAGGUUGUGGCCACAGAGUGCCCCGGGGAAGCCCUCUACCAGCACAUUCGCUCCUGGCCCCAUUUCAAGGAGGUGGAGAAGAAAUCCCCCAAGGGUCACUCGUAGCCCUACUGUCCCAACCUGUGCCUGUGCAAGGGAGCCUGUCUCCCGACCCUUGGACACUCAACCGGGAAUGGAUCAGGUUCCAUCCAAUAAAGAGGCUGCAGAGA